CAGAAAGGAAACGAACCAAAAUAGACCCUGCCAAUUGCCAUAACCCAGAAAGGAUAACACAAGAUAUUUAUUUCUAUCAAUCAAAACCUCUCUGAGCUUCUCUUCUCCAAAACCUUGAAAUUUUUAAAUUAAAGUUUUUCCAUCCUUAUAAUUCAUCCUUCUCUUCUCAAAACUUGGCAGAUUCAAUGUCGUUUGGCUUUCCAUAAAUUACUCCUUUUUCUCCAUUAUAGGAAAAGAGAAAAUGAACAUGCCGGCGGUUUGUCGUGUUAGUAUUCUUUCCGUGUCACCACAGUGUAGUUCGUGCUGUUACAAUCGGCUCCAGCCUUUGCUUUCUUCCCCGUCAGCUGGUCCUCUGAAACAUAGUAUUAAUUUUCCUACUAGAAACUCCUUAAGAUUUGUCGCUCGCAAUAAAGGAAGCUUUCUUUGCAGAUCGACUGAACCGGAUAAAAGUGACGACAAGGAUGAAAAUUUGGACAAGGAAGCGGAUGGGGUAAAUCUGAAUGACUCUGUAGCAGAUAAGAGUCUUGAGCUGAACUCUCGAACUGAUCAGGACAAGGAUCAAACAAUGGGGAUGUUGGAGAAUCCAAGUCUAGAAAAUAAUAAUGGAGCUCAAGUGAAUGAACAGCCUCGAGUUGAGGAUGGUACUGAGGUUCAAGUUGCGAGUGGAUCACCUCUUCCAGGUGUGAAGGUGCCUCUGCAACUUGAUGAAUCAACCAGGAUUCCCAAGGAAACAAUUGAAAUUCUCAGAAAUCAAGUUUUUGGUUUUGACACCUUUUUUGUUACAAGCCAGGAGCCAUAUGAGGGUGGAGUAUUAUUUAAAGGGAAUUUACGAGGACAGGCUGCAACAGCUUAUGAAAAAGUAUCAAAGAGAAUGCAGGACAGACUUGGAGAUGUAUAUAAACUUUUUCUUUUAAACAAUCCAGAGGAUGAUAAGCCUGUGGCAGUUGUGGUCCCAAGAAUGACCCUGCAACCUGAAACUACAGCUGUUCCAGAAUGGUUUGCAGCGGGGGCCUUUGGACUCGUUACAGUAUUCACUUUACUUCUUCGCAAUGUGCCGGCUUUACAAUCGAACUUGUUAUCAGUUGUUGACAAUCUUGACCUGUUGAAGGAUGGAUUACCUGGAGCUCUCAUAACUGCCUUUGUUCUGGGGGUUCAUGAAGUUAGCCAUCUUUUAGUUGCCAAAGAGGUUGGCGUUAAGCUCGGCGUUCCAUAUUUUGUUCCUAGUUGGCAGAUAGGCUCCUUUGGUGCUAUAACAAGGAUUGUAAAUAUUGUACCAGAGCGUGAAGAUCUCUUGAAAGUUGCAGCAGCUGGACCAUUAGCUGGGUUCUCGGUGGGCCUUAUUCUUUUGCUUUCAGGAUUCAUCUUACCACCUACUGAUGGCAUUGGCAUCAUCGUCGAUCCCUCUGUGUUCCACGAAUCAUUUCUAGCUGGCGGUAUAGCCAAGCUUCUUCUAGGAGAUGCUCUCAAGGAAGGAACUCCUAUAUCAGUAAAUCCGCUUGUCAUAUGGGCCUGGGCUGGACUUCUCAUUAAUGCUAUCAAUAGUAUUCCUGCAGGAGAGCUCGAUGGUGGCCGGAUUGCCUUUGCCAUGUGGGGUAGAAAGGCUUCAGCUCGCCUCAGUUCGUUAUCUAUUGGGCUUCUCGGGAUAUCUGCAUUGUUUAGCGAUGUAGCAUUCUAUUGGGUAGUGCUAAUAUUCUUCCUCCAAAGAGGGCCUAUCUCUCCACUAUCAGAAGAAAUCACUGAUCCUGACAAUAAAUACAUAGCCCUUGGAGUUGUAGUUCUGCUCUUGGGCCUGUUGGUUUGCCUGCCAUAUCCCUUUCUCUUCUCUAAUGAAGCUGCCACUGGUUUCUAGACCAAAGUAGAUUCAACAUGUUUUUGGCUCUUGGUUUACAUUAAUUAGUUAAGUAAAUAAAUUGUGCACGGAAGAUGUCACUCUCUUUUAGUUGUCUCGGCAGUUUAGAUUGUAGAAUUCCAUUGAUGCAAAAUGAUAUAACACUAGUUUUGCCUCCAAAAUCUGGGUAAAAUGUAUAAUCUGGAGAUGUAGGAUUUCGCAAGCCGCCAAUGAUCUUGUGUUAUUACUUCAGAGGAAAAGAACUGAUACACUUGUGUAAAUUUAUGCACUAUAAAAAGAUAUGAGAGGUUUCUUUUUCCCUUU